AUGAAGCCCGAGAGAGAGAGACUGAAGCACAGAGAGAGUGAGAGACAAGUGGCAGGGACUAGCAGCAGCUCAAGAGGGCUAAACAUUAAUAAAAGGGGAGGUAAGAACCCUGUCACCUCCUCAGCCUCUCCGAAUGCAGGGCAAGCCCACACUGACACCAGCACGCCUUCAUCAUUGACACUAAACCAGAACUGGAAGUGAGAGGAGAAAAGUUUGGGUUUUUUCAAUAUUUUCACUCGAGACCCGGCCAAUGCAAAUGAUGACUGCCAAAACGCUGGAGAAGAUCCCGCUGUCGCUCGGGGGACUGUUCCAUCAACUGCCCGACAACAUGUUCCCCGUGGAGGACAUCAACGGCUUGCCCGCCUCAGUCACUAUCUACCCUAACCCGGAAAUGACACCGUACGAGCAGAUGUCCUCAGAUGGAAUACUCAACGUGGACAUGAACGGCGACAAGAGACCCGUCGAUUUACCGUAUCAUAGCGGCUACCAUCUACCCUCUGCUCACCGCUCCCAGACUCUAGGCUACACGGGGAAGUUUUCCAUUGAAUCUCAAUGCGCCAGUGGCAAUUGGAGUUCUGAAGGCAUCAUCGUGAGCGCCGGGAUCUUCGGGAUCCCCGCGUCGUCCUCUCCCUCGUCGUCCUCUUCCGCGUCCACGGCUUCUCCAAACCCCCUCCCCAGCUCCCUCAGUUGUACCAUGGCGCAGAGCCAGAACGAGAUGGAGCACAUGUACUCGCCGCCACCUCCGUACACCUGCGGGGAGAUGUAUCAGGACCCGACUCCUUUCUACAGCACCCCAGCCAGCAGCCUCGGCUACCCUCCUCCCCCCUCCUAUCCUUCGCCGAAAUCCAUGGUGGACAGCACUUUAUUCCCCAUCCUGCCGGACUACAGCAGCAUCUUCCAACCUCAGCACCCGCACCGGGAUAUGCACCCGGGCACAGAGCGCAAGCCUUUCUCCUGCCCGGUGGACCCAGGUAGGAUGGCACCACCUCUGACUCCCCUCUCCACCAUCAGAAACUUUACCUUGGGUAACCCGGCAGGAGAGGGCUCCAGGCUGCCCAGCGCUUACGGCGGACACAACUUACCUCUCCGGCCCAUCAGGCUCAGGAAAUACCCAAACCGACCCAGCAAGACCCCGGUCCACGAGAGACCUUACCCGUGCCCGGCCGAAGGCUGCGACCGCCGGUUCUCCCGCUCUGACGAGCUGACCCGGCACAUCCGCAUCCACACCGGCCACAAACCUUUCCAGUGCCGCAUCUGCAUGAGGAACUUCAGCCGGAGCGACCACCUCACCACCCACAUCCGCACCCACACCGGCGAGAAGCCUUUCUCUUGCGACUUCUGCGGCAGGAAGUUCGCCAGGAGCGACGAGAGGAAGAGGCACACCAAGAUCCACUUGAGGCAGAAGGAGAAGAAACUCGCCAGCGAGAGGGCGGCCGGUUCCACGGUGGCGACCCUUUGCAGCAGCGGGAGCACCCCCUUGCCCAUCUGUCCGCCCAGGACACUGUAAACUGGGAAAAACACACACACACCCGCAGUAAAAUGACACGACUGCACCCACAGGCUAACAACCUCGGGGGCGCAGGGCAGAGUAUUUAUGGCAGGUUGCACCCGGGUUUCCGACAGCAGCAUGAUUCUGUUUUGCUCCUUCCUCCGACGUCGUCUCAAGGAACCCGAGCCCCUCUCUCCCUCUGAAGAUCUUUGGGGAAAGCACGCUGUCUUCUUAAAUGUGUUCCCUUGACAACUUUUUGAAAAGAGAGAAAAAACAUGUAUUUUGCAGUGCAUGGUCUGUGAUUUCGCUCAACGGCCAAGUUAGGCAGCAAAGUCUCUCACCUGUACUUCACCGUCUGCGGUUCGGCGGGACCAGCCCUUUCUCCAGAGACAUUUCUUAGACGCAUCCAGUUGUGAAACGGUUGAAAGCAAUCGCAGACGGAGGGAACUGGGUUGAGGCGGCGAAUGUGUUAUUGCG